AUGGACACUCUCCCAGGGGCGGCAUCACCCCGUGGGCGGGGGCUCCACCACCUCCCAGGGUUGCCUGGUGCCUUCAAGGACAUGACUGCACCGUGUGCUGACUUCCUUCCUCUGACAUGUGAUGCGUGUGGGGAGGUUUUCUGUAAAGAGCACAUCCGUUAUGAUGACCACAGAUGUAACUCUGCCUACAAAAAGAAUGUGCAGGUUCCAGUGUGUCCACUCUGUAAUGCACCAAUCCCAGUCCAGAAGGGGGAAAUACCAGAUAUUGUGGUUGGAGCUCACAUGGAUAAGGACUGUAAAUACAAUCCAGCACAGCAAAAGCAGAGGAUCUUCACAAACAAAUGCUUAAAGCCAGGCUGCAAGAGGAAAGAGAUGAUGAAGGUUGUGUGUGAACAGUGUGGGGGCAACUUCUGCAUAAGGCACCGGCACCCUCUGGAUCACGACUGCGCCGGGAGCAGCUGCCCCCCCUCCAAGGCAGGCUAUGCAGCUCUGAUGAGAGCCUCUCAAUCUGCCUUCAAGUCAACGGGAGCGCUCGGAGUGCCAUCUAAUGGGAGUUCGCAGCACAGCAGGUAUCAUGGGCUGUAA